CUCUCUCUCUGUGUGUGUGUGUGUAUGUGUGUGUGUGUGCGUGUGCGUCGUGUGCGUGUGUGCGUGCCUGAGUGAGUGCGCGCAGGCAAGCGAUCGAGCCAGUGAGUGAGCAAGAGAGAGAGAGAAAGGGAAAAAGAAAGCAAUCGAGAGGGAGAGAGCGAAUCGGAGUGCGAGUGCAAGACAAAGCUAUGAAAUUAAUCCGAGCUAUAUGCCUCCUGCUUCUUUGUCCAGCUUUGAGCCUCAACACUAGACAAGGCUAUGAGGGGCUGGAGCAGAAGCUGAAGGAGGUCUUCACAGAGCGGACUGGCAUCCUGCGUCAACUCUCCAAGACUACAAAGGAACUGGACAGCAUAAAAGGCAACCUUCAGACACUGAAAAAUGAUGACUCCGUGACCAAGAAGGAUGUCCAGAGAAUCCUGGAACUCAGCCACAAGCAGAGGGAAGAGAUGAAGUCCCUCCAGACUGCAUUGCAGAAGCAGCUGGACGAGGCAACGGAACAAGCAGAGAAACAGCAGGCCACAAUCAAGUUCCUCAAGAUGGAGAUGGAGAAAAAGACCAAAAUAAUCAAGGACCUGCAACAGGAGAACAAGAGCUUGAAAAAUAAACUGCUAUCUGGCAACAAGCUGUGUGAUGUCCAUGCAGAAGAGUCCAAAAAAAUCCAGGCUCAACUGAAAGAGCUGCGGUACGGGAAAAAGGAUUUAAUUUUCAAGGCUUUUGGGGUAAUACCUUUGAGAAGAACACAAUCACUUCGAUUUCAGCCAAAAGUGAAGACCCACGCAGAGCAAGUCUUACACUUAGCCUUAGGACAGCAGCUAAUGGAUCUGGAGCACAAGUUAACCAUUGCCAAAGAAGAGUUGGAAAAGGCCGCACUGGACAAGGAGUCUCAGUUGAAGGCACUGAAGGACACAGUGCACAUCUGCUUCUCUGCUGUUCUGCACAACCAGCACACCAGCAGCCACAGGUUCCCCGCCACCCCCACCCACUUGUUCAGAUACUCCUCACUCGUCAACAGCUCCAGAGUCACCUUUCAGCAGCCACACGCCAAGGAUAUCCCAAAGGUUCAGAGAAUCAUCAUGGCCAGUAAAUCGCCUGCGAACAUUGGGGUAAUGAGGAGAGAAAGUAAUCCCGGAGUCAAGGACUGCCAGAUGGAAAAGAUUGGCGGGGAUUGCUUCCAAAACCAGACGGAGACAGAAUCCUCUCCCGACAGUAAAAAGCUGCUUGAACAGCAGCAAAGGACCGCAGCGCAGAUUGGAAAAUCUAAUGCAAAGCCUUCCGAUGACAGGGAGGAUGUAGAGGGAGGCAGCAAAAACACAAAACUACACAAAAACAACUAAAUGGAUGGGCUAUCAAUGGAGAUGCAUAAAAUCUGGAGAUCUUUUUUUCAGAGCACAUACACACACACACACACACACACACACACACACACACACACACACAGUUUGCAGACGAGACACAGGAAUUGUUGGAUGAAAACAAACUUCUCAACCGUGAAAUUUUUAACUUUCUCGAUUGAAAACCUGCAUAAUAAAAUGGCAUGCAUUCUAGACUUCUUUUAAAGGUAGCAAUGGCACUGGUAACUUGUUUUAUGAUUGUUCAUUGUUUUUUUUCCAGAGCGAGGACACUACUUUCUACAGUAAAUGUGUGUUAUUUCUAAAUAAAUCCCUUUGCACUGGUAAGGUCAUGAUAUUCUGGUAUAUAAGUACUCCCAUUAUCAAAAACUGCUGUAACACCAAACUUACAAAUAUGGUUUGUCAGUCAUUGUAGCAAGGUUAAUUUACUCUCUCCUCCAUAUUUUGAACUAUAUAGGCUCUCAAGUUGGCUGGCCAACUUCUUUCAACAUUUAAUAUUUCAGAGCUCUUUCUGCCUUUAACAUGCUAGAGGUGAAGAGCCAAAGACUCACAAUGAGUCGUCUCCCUGAGAAUGUGCCAUGCACUGAGUAGUUACUCCUAGCUACAUUUAUUUGUGUUAUUUGACCUUUCUGUGUUCUUUCAAUAAACUGUGAUUUUCAGUAAAUGUGUGAAGAUUAAAUGGAUAUUUGUGGAGAAAAUGAA